GACUGAUCCAGUAGUAUUGAAGGAAAAGCUCAUCGCUCGGUUGUUUGUUUUCAGUCAGGCGCAGUAGCAGAGUGGAGAGGAGAGGAGAGGCACGGAAUUGUGUAACGGUUACGUUUUUAAUCUUCAUUGCAUCUUUCUAGGCUCUUGCCAUGGCUCUGUGCAGUAGCGACGGAGCCUUGGCGUUACCCAGCGAGCUUAUCGUUCACAUAUUCUCCUUCCUGUCGGACCGUGACAAGCUCCGGGCCUCGGCCGUGUGCUCUCGCUGGAGGGAGUGUCUCUUCUACCCUGCGCUGUGGACGGAGCUCAAGCUGCGCGUCGGUGGCGGAACCAAUGGCGGCGGGUCUGGAUCGGAACAAACCCCGCGAUUAGAGUUCCUCAUGCGCAAGUUCGGCUCGUUCGUGCGGGAGCUGCAGCUGGAGUUGGCCCCGCUGGACGGCUGUUUAAGCCCGCUGCAGCACGGAGUGGACGCCGUCGAGAGUGACCCGCAGUUCGCGAAAGAUGCGAUGGUGACAUAUUUAGAUCAAGUGUUGUGUGUGCUCGGCAGUCUGCGUAAUAACAGAAACCUCCAGAAGCUGAGUCUCUAUGGGGACACAUGCAUUCUUCAGGAUGAUGGCAUUUUGGACAGCUCUUACCUCAGCCAGGUCGACCAAGGGGGCAAGAAAAUGAAAGAGAUCCAGCAGCUCUUUGAAGAGAUCCUGUCCAACAGCAGGCAGUUGAAGUGGUUGUCUUCUGCGUUCAUGCUCGGAGUGGUGACCCCCUGCUCUCUGGCCUCUCUCUCCAACUCCAGCACCAGCUCCCUCGAGCACCUCAGUCUGAUCGACAGCCAGCUGCCCAGCCUGAUUUCCUCCAUCGAACUGGAAAGGCUCACUAACCUGCGUUCUCUGUCGCUAGACUUCUGCGACUUCACCUCAGACAUGUGCCGUCUCCUCGCCGGCGGUGACCGAGCGCCCCUCCACCGCCUCUCUCUCUUGCUCAACGGUGCUGCUUUGGACGUCAAGCCUUUGGAUGGUACCACUACUGAGGACGACUGGAAAGCCCUGGUCCGUCGCAGCACCAACCUGCGCGUCUACAUCAUGGCGAUGGAUGUGUGCAGCCAGGACCUUCUGCGCGUGCUGAAGCCUAGCGUGCCCCUGGAGCGGAUCCAUCUGGACAGCUACAGCACGCCGGUGACAGAUGGUGUCCUGGAGCUCAUCUCGCAGCAGUACCACAAAACCCUGAGCCAUUUCAUCUUGAUGAGAGAUGAAGCUGGAUUCCCAGACCUCAGCGUCAACCGCAACGAGGACCCGCUGGUUCUCCUCGCUUGGCGCUGUGUGCACCUCGCUGUCCUGAUCAUCCAUGGUUACACAGUGUGGUCACACAACCUGGUGGCCAUCUCUCGCCUGCGUGGGUCCAACCUCAAAGUCCUGGAGGUGUCCGAAGAGAGCAUCGACUUUGACCCGGACCAGUCGGUGUACAUCGAGGGCGACCCCGUCCACAACCUAGUCAAGGAGGUGUCCCUGGGCUUGGGCCGCGUCUGGCAUCCCUCCAUGGACAACAGCGUGGUCCUGAACGAACCCACUCAGCACUUCCACCGUGAGAUGCAGAGUUUCAGCGCGGGCAUGUAGACGCACCAAGGGCCCUUUACCAAUCGCCCUCUCUAACCCUGUGCUUGGUGACCUUUACCUAAAUGGGCCCUUCUCAUUUUACAUAUUGUUUCUUUUUCUUUUAUUGCUUUUUGAUUUUGUUUAUUCUUGUAGUGUGAAUUUAAUAUGCUUUAUAUGUGCUGUGUUUAAUCAGUAUUAGCUCUAUAUUUAUAUCUAUAUCUAUAUAUCCUGCUUAUUACUAGGAAAGUAUAGUUGGGUAUUGGUUUAGGAGCUAAUUGAGUGAAUGGUAGAGAGGGGCUUUUAUACAGCUAGCUUACAAGUUGUACAGUGAGUUGUUCAUUCUCUCGCUUUGUCUGUUUGUUGGUUUCCCCCCUAGAAAGUGUGGAGUUACCUCAAACUUUCAGUUGAUCCUUCUUGGCUUAAGCAACGACGAAAUCCCACGUUCACGUUGACCUUUUUCUAGGGAGAUUAGUCUUCCAGCCAAGGGCUGAUCCACAGCAGUUACGACCCUUCCUCAGUGUGUAAUUGUUAUUCGGAAAUGAGUAUUGGUGGAAACGACGUGUUCGGGAGGCAGAUCCCGCUGGUUUUUCUCAACCUGGAAUUAGACGCACCUCUGCUGGUGAAACCAAUCGUAGAGGUUUUCAGUCUGGUGUUUGACACCUGCAUGCUGACCGCCCUGCAGCACAAUAUCUGGGCCCAGCCAUAGGUGUUUUGUUCCUUUUCUUGUUUUCGUGUGUGUUGUUGUUUUAAGAAAUCCUUCCCAUCUGUCUCAGGUAGGCAAAUAUUAUACGACAAGGAAGAUGAAGAUGAAGGUUAAGAUAUUUUGGUAAGAGUGAAAACAAUCAGCUGUUCCGUCAGUUUUAAUUGUUCUUCUUGAGUCACAGUUGCCUUGAACACUCCCCCUUACUUCAUAAUCAAUGUGAUUUUGGCCUCGGCCUCAGUCGGUUCGGAGUUUACGUCCUUGUAAUUCCCUACCGAAGUGCGUCAACUUGAUCGAAAUAGAGGGUAAAAGCGCUCCGAAUGGAUUGAAUCCAGGCCGUGGUAUUUCAUCUGUAAAGCAUUAGAUGGCGGGAGACAGACGUUUGCUUGUUCCAUAUCUCAGGAUUCCUGCACUUGUGGUACUUUUCCAGCCUGAAAGCUUUUUUUGAAGCUUCGUUCGAAGGCUUGGCGUGCUCGAUGGACAAGACUUUGUGGUGUUUUUGGAGGAAAGAGAGCUCUUCCAAAAGAAUGCGCUUUAGAAGUUGCUGGUUUUAUUUUUUCUUCCUAAUUUCCCUAGUUUAGCAAUUGAAAUUCUCAGUGUGUUGUUUGCUUUUACAAAUAUUGUCUAUUUGCGCUUCUUUUUUUCUUUAAGAAAAUCAUAGUCGAAGGAGGUCAUGGUGGCUUGCAUAGCUGAAAAAGUGAAUGUCAAACUAAGCCUUCUUGAAAGCGGUAGUGUUUUUGCUCUGCAGAAUCCCCUCUUUCAUGAGCAUAUCUUUGUUUCGCUGUGCUCGAAUAGUGAAGUGAAUUGUCGAAGAGCGAAGUACUUUUUAAAACCAUUAAGUUGCCUCGCUAACCCGUUACUGUCAAGUUUCAGAACUUCCUGUUAUUUGGCUGUAUUGACUACCUGAAGCCAAACCAGGUUUGAAGCAAUCUCCCCAAUUUUCCUGGAAGAUCUGCGUUUAUGACAAAAACAACGUACAGCCAAAGCAAAACUUCGUAGAGUGAAAACCAUCUUUAUAUGCAAGCUUAUCAAGUGAGGGGUGACCUAACAAUUUUCUUGGGAUUUGUCAUUUGUGGUCCAAAAAAAGAUUUGAAGCAGUUAACCAAUGAGGUCGAACAACUCUUGGCACGUGCACGAAGGGUUGAUAUAAGUCAACGUUUUAUACGUGCGAAGCAGUGAUCCAGCUUGACUAAAUGUUGACAAGUUUACAACCUAUUGCAGUACCCAUGUCAACAUUGGUGAAAACGGCAGAUUUUUGUGGUUGGUGGCACAGAACGUAAAAAGGGUCGCUGUGGUUUAAAAUCUGUUAAAUUCACACCCUUUUUGAAUAAACCACAGUCUAAAAAUGCUGUUUUCAGGUGCGUUGACAUAGGUGCCAAACAUGCUGUAAUGAAUAUGUGAGAAUGCUCUUAAACGUGUGCCAGGAUUCUGUGUUUUUUAGUUAAUUUAAAAAAAAGUUCUACUUAGUACAGCACCAAAAAUGAUUUCAGUAAGUGUGUUCUUAAUUCGGAGCUUGUUCGUCAUUGAUUUUGCAGAGCGACUAGAGUUGGCAGAGAACAACAGCGUACGAUAAGUUACAAACCGUGCCUAAAACCCAGACUAGCUUUCAUUUCAAACCCACGUCACCGUUUGUUUCCGGUCGACCAAGUCUGCGAAGCGUUACAAAGACAUAGCAUCAGUGUUUUCGUCUCGUUCUUCUUUGCAAUCUAUCUAUGUGUGCGUGUGAGUGUGUUGUGUAAACAUUCAAAAAGUGCAUCCAUCAGAGAAGGUGUGUGUUCCGUACAAAGCGUACCACUUCCUCAGCAGUGAACAGGAAACAGCCAUUCUCAGGGUUACUGUUAGAUGUGUGGAGGAAACAAAACGGAGUCAAAUAGCUCAGGCCUCUCACCAUGAAAGUUUCCAUUAACGAAGAAUCUUCUCAACAAAGUCACUGGAUUUAACUUCUGUCAGCGCAACAUCUGCCAAAGAUUACGGUGAUACGAUUCCUUUUUCGAAGUGCCCGCAUGCUGGCAGAGGGCAGGGCCAAUGGCUGAUGGGCAGAGAUGUACUACUACUAUUGUAUUACGACAACUACUAUUAGAUAAAUGUACUAAUGGUUGGACUUGGACGGUGGUCCACAGCUGUGCUGUGGCUUUGGUCAACAUACAUUAGAUCUCUCUUACAAUGCACCUGUUUCACUGUGAAGAGUGAAUGUAAUUUAACUAUUGAAAAUCAAGGUUGGUUCUAUCAGACCUAUAAGCUGCUAUGAGACGUGUUAGGAACAUUCCACUGGGGAGUUAAAACAAACUAAAAUGGCCAAAUGUCUGCAUGAAAUGAUUAAUUUUUUACUCUUUAUUCUGUUUCGGUUCGGGCAGGGACGGGAUCCUUUAAUCAGCUUUCGACUGGUCCUGCUAUGAGAUUCUUGAGCCAUUUGAGAGCGUGCGUAGGUUUUUAUUCCCGAUCGAUGCGACCAGUCGGUUGUUACAACUCAGUUGGAUCCCAGUUUUUUUUUUUUUUACUGUCGCUUUUCUUUAGCAAACGUUAUAUGCAUUUCACAAUCUCGUAGUUAGGAGAAAGAGGGCUGCUAUGACGCCAUCUGAGACGGUCAGUGUUUUACAGCUUUUUUUUCGACAGCUAUAUUAUCAACCUCAUGCCAGCCUUUGGUAAAAACAAACAGUCCGAGUUUCCACUGCAGGUCCAAUGCAGGCCUCUCUUUCUCUCUCUCUCUCUCUGGUCGGCUUGCGUUAACGGCAAAGUCAAAAACUAUGCAAACGGAAUGCAUACGAUUUAAUGGCUCUUCAUUCGUUUUUCUUUCUUUGGAUUUUUAUUUUUCUGUCACUCAAAUGGAAAUAACCUAACUUGCAAUGAUACUUGGCCUUAUUAUUGUUAUUAUUAUUGUUUUAAGAUCUUGAUUCUUCGGAAGCCAACUCAGUUUCAAGGGCGACCGUGGGUUACAGACAUGGUCUCUAUGAGACUGGCCAGAAGGCCCCAGUUAUAAGUGGUACGAAUGUUGUGCAUUUGUUUAAAAUCAGGACAGUUUGCAAUAAAGAAGUGGCCAUCAUGGGGCACCAGCAGUGCUAAGAUCACGCUGCUACCUUAUAAACUUAACGGGGAGUUAAAUAAGAUAACAUAAACGUGCAUAUGCGUAUAUAUAUAUCAACGUAUAUACUUUUAUGCAACAUGUCCAGGUUCUAUUUAUGAACAUUGAAAAAGGUUUAUAAGCGUUGUUUUGCAAAAAUGGUUUUACCAUCUUAAAUGUUUAAUAUUUGGGCAGGUGUGUUCUGUCUACUUUUUUGUCUCCGGUGAGCACAUAGCAUUGGAUUUUAUAUGUACAUCUGCAAACAGGAAUUACUCUGGCACAGGUGUGAACAUGCCAGGUGGGAAGAUUUUAAUGAGAAAAAGUGAUCUUGAGGUUCCACGAUAAAGAAAGAAAACCUUUGAAAAACUUAACUGACAGAAAUUGGGUAAACCAGCCGAAUGUUGAUUUGAAUUUAAUGUUGAACGAAUGCAUUUUCUUUUAAUCGGUAAAAUAAAAGCAUAGAAAAAUCAA